AUGGUCCGAACCAACCAGCCACCCCGUGGUGGUUUGCCUCGUUAUGGCGGCCACAUAUGCAGUUGCUAUUUUUUUCAACCCACACCAUCUGGAGGGUCGACGCGGGUUUACCUUCCACAGACGCAUCUAGAUGCACACACGACCAUCUUCUCUACUGCUUUCAGUACUGUCUUGACGCAAACCUUCGAAGCGGCGAGAGCGAUCGACGAAAUAAAAUAUGCUUUUCCGCUCUUCGAUGGCGUCAGUGUAGUGGACUUCAAGUGUCAGGUUGGGGACCGCACUAUCUAUGGGUUAGUCAAGGAAAAUGACGAAGCCAAGAAAGCCUACAACGAAGCUGUGAAACGCGGAGAAAAGGCCGCCCUCUUGGAACAGCUACCCGACGCUGCCGACGUCUUUACUACAACGAUCGGCAACAUCCCGGGGGAUUCUCAGGUUGUGGUGACUAUCACGUAUAUCGGAGAGCUCAAACACGAUGCCGAAGUUGAUGGAGUUCGUUACACCCUGCCUACGUCUAUCGCCCCGCGCUACGGAAACUAUCCUGGUCAACUAAUCUCUGCAUCUACCCUUUCUGGGGGUGGGAUCUCUAUCACGGUCGACGUCACAAUGUCUGAGGAUGCUCCGCUUCAGAAGAUUCAGUCUCCAACUCACCCCAUCGCUGUAUCUCUUGGCACUCUGUCGACGUCGUCUGAUAAUGCACAGUUCAGCUCCAACAAGGCAUCAGCAACCUUAGCUCUUGGAAAAGCAGAGCUGGAUGCCGACUUCGUGCUUCAGGUAGUCGCCAAAGACGUCGGUGUGCCACAGGCCCUCUUGGAGACCCACUCAUCCAUCCCUAACCACCGCGCAUUGAUGCUCAGUCUGGUUCCCAAAUUCUCCCUCAAGCCGUCCAAACCCGAGAUCGUUUUCAUUGCCGAUAGGUCCGGAAGUAUGGGAGGUGGUCCCAUGAAGACUUCGAUCUCUGCAUUGCAGGUUUUCCUUAAGUCCCUUCCAGUGGGCGUAAGGUUCAAUAUUCUGUCUUUCGGCUCACGUCACGAGCUGCUCUGGCCUCAGAGCAAGCUAUAUAGCCAAGACGCCCUGGAUCAAGCUAUGAAAUACGUCAGCAAGUUCUCGGCAGACUUUGGCGGCACAGAGACCUUUGCAGCAGUGAAAGAAGCCUUUGAGACUCGGACUAAAGAUCUCGAGACAGAGAUCUUGCUGCUCACCGAUGGUGACAUCUGGUCGCAAGAUACGUUGUUCGACUACAUCAAGGACAACACCAAAGACGGGGCCGUGAGAGUCUUUCCCCUCGGCAUCGGAAGUGGAGUAUCCAGUUCACUCAUUGAAGGCAUCGCCCGCGCUGGAAACGGGUUCGCGCAAAUGGUAGGCAAUGGAGAAAAAAUUAACGGCAAGGUUGUUCGCAUGCUGAAAGGAGCUCUUACCCCGCAUGUCAAAGAUUACUCUCUGGAUAUCAAAUACCGAGACAAUGCUAUUGACCGGGUGUCUGAUAGCCUCAAGCUCAACCUGACUUUGUCAGACAACGACAACACCCAAGGCUCACCUGAGCGAUAUGCGCUCCGCAACAAGCCGAUCUCUCUUUUCGACGCAGGAGCAGCCGAGAAAGACGAAGCAGAGAACAAACUCGUAUCCCAAGAUCGCUUCGGUCAUUUGCCAAAGAUCUCGCACCCAAAGCUGCUGCAGACGCCCCACACUAUCCCACCCCUAUAUCCCUUUAAUCGCACGUCUGUCUAUGUGUUGAUGUCGUCAGAAACCUCGAACACGACACCCACGUCUGUAAUUUUGCGCGGAACUUCCCCACAAGGACCACUGGAACUUGAAAUACCAGUGCAAGCACUUGAGGCCCCUGGUACUACUAUCCAUCAGCUUGCCGCUCGGAAAGCAACCCAAGAGCUAGAAGAAGGCCGCGGAUGGAUAUACGAUGCUGAAAGCCAAGGUGGCGAACUCGUUCGAAACCAGUACGCUGGGAACUUCGACGCCAUAGUUCAACGCGAGGCUGUCCGCCUCGGAGUCCAAUUCCAGGUCGGAGGAAAGUACUGCUCCUUCGUAGCCGUCGAGGCAAACGAG